AUGGGCGAGCCAGCACCGGGCUCUUACCACGACCAGGGGCGGUACGCGCCCCAAUUUGAGGAGGUCGGCAGCGAUGUGGAUCACGAGGAAUAUGAGGCGUCCAACCUGAAUGUGGAGGCGGUGUCCGAUCCCCCUGGGAGCGAGGAGGAGGGGCAGCGCCAGGCGACGCUGGAGGAGCUCCUGAUCGGCAUCAACAUCUACAUCCCCGGCAUCGGCAACGUCCCGCUGUCCAGCCUGGGCCAGCUGACGCAGCAGUUUGGCGGCGGCGGCGGCCCCCCCCGCCAGGCCCCUCAACCUGAGGUCGGCGAGCGCGCCUGGGCCGGCUUCAGGCAGCUGCCGGAGCCCACCCAGUCGGCCAUCCUGGGCCUGACCGUGGACGCGCACGCGCGCGGGGACGAGGAGUUCACGCUCCUGCUCCUGGGAAAGGGUGGAGUGGGCAAGAGCGCCACCGUCAACUCCCUCCUGGGCGAGCGCGCGGCGAUCGUGUCGGGGUUCCAGGCCACCACCAACCGCCCCGCGGCCUACACACGCACCCUGCCCGACGGCUUCAGGUUCACCGUCAUUGACACGCCCUCCUUGCUGGAGCAGGACGCGGUGUCUACCAUGCGUCUGGAGGGCGUGGCGGAGGCCAUCCGCGAUACGCCCAUCGACGCGGUGCUCUACCUCGACCGCCUGGACGUCUACGCUACUGACGGGACUGACGAGCAGCUGGUCGACGCCAUCACCGCCCACUUCGGCGCCGACAUCUGGGACCAGGCCGUGCUGGGCUUCACGCGCGCCACGCCUGAGGCCCCCCCCCUGGGCACCGACUUUGCCGCCUGGGUGGAGCAGCGCCCCGCCCAGCUGGCGGCGCUGGUGAGGAAAGCCCAGGCGCGGUACGGUGGGGGGCGGCAGGGCGGCAAGGCCGCGCCGGCGCCCGCCCUGCCCGUGGCCCUGCUGGAGAACCACUCGGCCUGCCCCCAGAACGGCGAGGGCGAGCGCCUGGUGCCUGGGGGCGUGGCCUGGGUCAGCGCCCUGGUGGCGCUCAAGCUGCUGCUGGACCGGGUGCUGGAGUGGGACCAGGUGGCCGGCGACGAGGACGGGCCCUUCGACCCGCAGACCGUGCGCGAGCGGGCGCGGGAGCUGCAGGCGCGGAAGGCGCUGCUGCGCAAGCAGGCGCUGGCGCAGAAGCGGCGGCUGGCGCGGGGCAAGGCGGAGAUGGCCAAGCUGGCGAGGGGGGAGGUGGAUAACGACGACGAGUGA